AUGACAUCCUCUGGGUUCGCGGGACAGCUUGAGUCUAAAUACAACCCUUUGCUUUUUGUUUCGGGCGGCUGCGAUCCUUAUCCUGCUGUCAACGCUGAUGGAUCUCUCGGUGCUGGAUUACGGCCUACUGGAGGCGGAAGAAGCGGCUGCGACGCCGGCGGCAAAGCUCAGGUUUAUAUUCGACGAGGAAUCAGCAACGGCCAUCGAGGCAUAAUGUACAGCUACUACGUCCCAAAGGUUCGCUGGGGCAAGGGAGACGAAGAGGGCCACCGCCAUUACUGGGCGAGUGUUGUCGUCUGGAUUGCCAAAUCGACUUGCGAUGGUGCCACCAUGAAGGACUUGCGUUCCGUUGGUAUAUCUUUUACGACUGAUCACAAGGCAUGGGGUUCUGCCAGAGGCGACCAAACAUCCGCCUUCCAUGUGCAAAUCCAUGACAACGCCAUUUCUCCCUACAGUGGCAGAGACGACGGUCGACUUUUCCAGCGUACUCCCGUGAGCUGGGAUUCUCUUGAUAAGGUAGUUCAGCAGGCAUUAAAUGAUGUGAGGUACGAGAAGACACAGGUACCGUUUAAUAACGUUGCCUUUCAGGCUUCCCUAGAUGCUGCUCAUGGAGCUCUCUUCUCGGAUGUGCCACUGGAGGGAACCGAUUGUACGGAAGGCAUCGCGCCAUCUGAAGUCACUCAUUAA